GGAGACCAGGGGAAGCAGGGCGACCCCGGCCGGGAUGGGCUUCCUGGGCUGCGUGGGGAGCAGGGACCGCCUGGUCCUGUGGGCCCCCUAGGACCACCUGGCGUCCCUGGCAAACCCGGCGAGGAUGGCAAACCAGGUCUCAAUGGCAAGAAUGGCCGCAGUGGUGCCAAGGGCGAGCAGGGGGACAGAGGUGUGCCAGGCCCCCUCGGCCCCCCUGGCCUCCCUGGUGUCCCAGGGCAGGUUGGCCCCCCAGGCCAGCCUGGACUGCAAGGGGAGCCAGGCAGCCGGGGUGACCCGGGAGAGAGGGGGCCCCCAGGCCGAGAGGGUGACCGGGGUGAGAAGGGUGACAGAGGUGAGCAGGGCAGGGACGGCUUGCCCGGACCCCCAGGGCCCAAGGGUGAACCAGGAGCUGAGGGUGAGCGGGGACCCAAAGGAGAUAAGGGUGAGGGUGGCCUGCGGGGUGACCGAGGCGAGCCCGGCGAGAAGGGCAGGGACGGUGCCCCGGGUCUCCUGGGUGAGAGAGGACCAGUCGGCCCCGAGGGGAAGCCGGGCUUGCCAGGCUUCCCCGGAGUGCUAGGACGGGCAGCCAGGGAGAUCCAGGACCCCCAGGACCUCCGGGCAGCACUGGCCCACCAGGGACCCAGGGCCCAGCUGGAGCCAAGGGCCCACCGGGUGUCCCCGGGCUUCCAGGACAAGUGGGUGUGCCAGGACCUUCGGGCCCUGCGGGUGCCAAGGGAGAGCCAGGGGAUGCUGGAGCACCAGGGCAGGCCAUCGCUGGGCCUCCCGGUGCCAAAGGGUGAGCCGGCACUGCUGGAGGGUGUGCUGCUGGGAGAGCCUGGUUCCAAGGGUGACCGAGGCUUGCCGGGUCCCAAGGGCGAGAAGGGUGACAUCGGCUUGCCAGGAUUACCAGGACCCCCAGGCUUAGCAGGCAUUGCUGGGACGCCAGGACAGCCAGGCCUGAGAGGGGACAAUGGGCAGCCUGGCCCUCCAGGUCCCCCAGGAGAGAGGGGUCUGAUUGGCUUUCCUGGCAGAGAUGGCACCUCUGGACCACCAGGACCUGUGGGGCCCCCAGGGCCAGCCGGCAUACAAGGGGUCCCUGGCCUGAAGGGUGACAAGGGUGAAGAUGGGCGCCCGGGGCCAGAAGGGGAUCGUGGGCCAGCGGGCUUGCCUGGGAACCGAGGGGAGCGUGGGGACAAGGGAGAUACUGUGGUGGUAGAGGGCCCGUCCGGAGCACGGGGCAACAAGGGGGAGCCGGGAGACCGUGGCCUGAAAGGCACAGAAGGGGACAAAGGGGAUAAGGGGGAGCAAGGCAUGCCUGGAGAGAAGGGGAUGAGGGGUGAGCCAGGCGAGAAGGGCUCCACGGGAUUCCCUGGGGCACGCGGCCCUGGUGGGCAGAAGGGAGAGGUCGGAGCGCCAGGAGAGCCUGGUGAGCCGGGUCAGCCUGGCCGCGAUCGGGGAGAGAAGGGGAACAUGGGACCCCUGGGCAUGCGUGGCCUCAAGGGAGAACCAGGGAUUCCGGGACGCUCAGGGCUGCCAGGGAGGAAAGGGGAGCCGGGAGAGCUGGGUCUGUCGGGACCACCAGGCAUCCCUGGGAAGGAGGGGCUCAUGGGACCCAAGGGCGACCGGGGAUUUGAUGGGCAGCAGGGAGCCAAAGGAGACCAGGGAGAGAAAGGAGACCGGGGAACGUUGGCCCACGAGGUCCUGAGGGCAUGCAAGGUCAGAAGGGGGAGAGAGGCCCUCCUGGACAGUCAGUGCCGGGUGUGCGCGGUGUGCCUGGCAUCCCUGGCGAGAGAGGAGAGCAGGGCAGUCCCGGCACUCAUGGGCUCCGUGGCGAAAAAGGGGAGCCAGGCAUGA